CAGCUGGGGGUCUCCACUCGGCUUUAAGAACCCUGUGAGCCCGAGGACGCCCACUUCUGUGAAACCACCGCGGUGCGUAAAAGGCUGCGCGUAAAAUCCCCGCGGACGCAGACAAAUCUAAACACUUAAAAAAAUAGAAAUAAAAAAACACUUUUUUUUGCCUGUUUUGUUUCCUGCUCCAGGUCGAUCUGGGCGAGGCGAAACACCAAAACGGAGACGCGAGAGGAUUAAAAAACAAUAUUUUUCUGCCCUAUUUUUCUAAUUUCUUCUCAUCGGUGCCCCCUCAUCCGGCCGCCAGCAUGAUGUCCUAUUUGAAGCAGCCGCCGUACACGGUGAACGGACUCAGCCUAUCUACCUCAGGAGUGGACCUGCUGCACCCUUCAGUCGGAUACCAAGCGACCCCCCGCAAACAGAGGAGAGAAAGGACGACCUUCACUCGGGCUCAGCUCGACGUGCUGGAGAAUCUGUUCGCCAAGACUCGGUACCCCGACAUCUUCAUGAGAGAGGAGGUGGCCUUAAAGAUCAACCUGCCUGAAUCCAGAGUGCAGGUCUGGUUCAAAAACCGACGAGCCAAACAUCGCCAGCAGGCCCAGCAAACCCAAAGCGGAGUGCAGAACAAAACCGUCAGCAGGCCUGUGAAAAAGAAAGGCUCCCCAGUCAGAGAGGCCAGCUCAGAGAGCGGAGCCAGCGGGCAGUUCACGCCGCCUUCGAGCACCUCCCUCCCGGCCGUGAGCAGCAGCGCAGCGCCGGUGUCUAUCUGGAGCCCGGCCUCCAUCUCCCCGCUCUCUGACCCGCUGUCUACCUCCUCCUCCUCCUGCAUGCAGCGCUCUUACCCCAUGACCUACACCCAGGCGUCGGGCUACAACCAGGGCUACACGGGCUCGUCGUCCUACUUCACCGGGAUGGACUGCGGCUCCUACCUUUCGCCUAUGCACCACCAGCUGUCCGCCGCGGGCACCACCAUGAGCCCCAUGGGCAGCAACGGGGUAUCCAGCCACCUGAGCCCCGCGUCCUCCCUCUCCUCGUCGGCGUACGGAGCGGCGGGGCUCGGCUUCAGCGGCGCCGCGGACUGCCUGGACUAUAAGGACCAAACAGCCUCCUCAUGGAAGCUCAAUUUCAACACGGACUGUUUGGAUUACAAAGACCAGGCAGCGUGGAAAUUUCAAGUAUUGUGAGAGGAAAGAAUUAAGGGGACAAUUUUCACAAACUGCAGACUUUACAGGCGAGUUUGAAAAAAUAAAAACCCCACGGUUGGGAGCAGCAAGUGCAGCGUUUUUCCACGACUAGGCCCUAUAACUUCUACCUCGGGCAGAGCCGAGCAGGGCUGCCAGCUGGUUGUCUCACUUGUUGGGUUAACUUAUUGAACAUUCAGACAGACUUCUCCCCAACUUUGAUCAAGGACACGGAACAAAUUUGUUGACCAAAAGGAAAAAAAGGAUCAAGAGAGUCAAAAAAAGAUCCAAGCCUAACUUGGUUGAGUUUGAGGAAUAGGUCAGGUUUUCUUCUAAGCUCCUUAAAGACUCCCCUCUCUUGUCUUUUUUUAAUUUUGUUGGCAGGCUGAAGGGCCCCUUUGAUCAAAGCCUUGUGCUUGAGUGUGUGUGCUGUAGAAAGAGAGUGUGUGUGUGAGAGAGAGCGCAAGAAAGGGCAGCUCUGACAUGAACCUGGAUGCACUAUUUAAUUUAUGAGAAAUAUGUUUAAGACUAGUUAUAAGAGACAAUCAGUCCGUUUGCGUGUGCUCAUAAAUGUCCCUUAUGUGUUUUUGAAUUAUUAAUUUCCCUGUGUUAGUUUUUUUUUUAUUUUAAAAUUGUGAUUCUUUGUACUACCUGUAUGCAAUUUUGCUUCAAUUUUGCCACAAAACCCAGCUGUGAAUUUGAUCGUUUUAGUUCCAUAUCUCCAAGUGUUAAAUGAUAAAUUAUUAUGUGGACAUAUUUAGUUGAAUGGAAUAGGGAGAGCAGGGUAAAUCAAGCCAGCAGCAAGCAAGGUCCAUUUGAGCUGUAAAGUGCUGAGAGACGGCCACAAACACUCUAAACAACAAUAAAGACCACUUGACCUGA